AUGGUGCCCGGCAGCUACCACAUAAAGACACACUUGCGUGUUGAUGAUCCCAUGUACAUGAUCGGUACAUACAAGGGGGACGGCAAGGUUCUGGUCCUGCCCAUCAAGGGAAGUGGCGCCUGCAAUAUCACCACCGUACACAUGCACAGGAUACGCUUAAGAGGAAUGACAUCAACUGCAUCGAACGCCCUCUCGGUACAAGCAUGUGCAACCCUGCUUGAUCCUGACAACAUGAACAAGUUCUUGAAUGAGAUCAUGGACCUGUUGGUGGAGGACCUGAAACCGGCGAUGGAGUUGGCGCUGGCGGCGACGGACAUGGAUGUGGCGAGGCGGCUGUUUAGCAAGGUGCCCUACAACUCCGUCUUCCCCCCAUCAUGA